AUGCAACCGGUAAGAGAGAUGCACUUGGGCCUCCACAGGCUCAACAAUCGCUGUACAGAGCUUACCUGUAGCGACAACGAUAGACCUGACACUAAGCUCUUGAUCUCCAAAGGUGUGAAUUUUGAGGGAAAGAUGCCCAGAUUUGACCAGAUCUCAUGCUCGGAAUAUUGCGGUUUCGUCCUGGGAAGCGUCAAUAG